AUGCCAUCGACUCUUCGUUUCGGACAAGUGCUUCGUGGUCGCCUGGAGACAUACACCAUCUCCAGGCAGAUCCAGGAUCUGUGUGGUUUGCAAGGUUUGAACCAUGCCAACAUGACCUUUGUUGUGAAGAGCGUUCGUGGCCACCCGCGGGUCGAGAACGAGAGAGAUAUCCUGAGACGCUUUCAGGAUCGGGCUUCCCAUAAUAUACGGCCGAUGAUUGACGAGAUCGAAGACCCGGCUGAACCGACAUCAAUUACACUGAACCGAAAGGAAAUCAAGUAUAUUUCGAAACGGGUGCUUCAGGCCCUAAGUGUCCUGCAUAAAGAUGAUGUCAAACUGAAUAAUGUCUUUGUCAACUACAGAGAUGGCGAGGAUGAGGUGCGCUUUUCUGAUGUCCAAUUGGGAGACUUUGGCAGUACCUCUCCUCAAGACAGUGAAUGGGCCAAAACAGGCACAGUAAUUGGCAGGCCACUCUGGAACAGCCCAGAGGUCCUCAUAGAGACACCAUGGAAUACAGCAACAGACAUAUGGUCAUUCGGGACAGUGCUUAUAAGUUUGAUCUAUGGGGGCGAUUUCAACAUCUUCCGCCCCAAGAAUGCUCACCAUGGCAACAAGAACUACAACGUCGAAGUGGUUAUGUCUCAGUACCGCUACUUUGGCCCUUUCCCACCAAAGUACAGAGAGAUUGCCAACAAGGAGACUCUCAUGUCAAUCUCGUAUAUCAUGAACCUGAUCCCACCAGAAGCCAUGAUGCCAUUCCGCUUCGUUACAGAACUGGAAGUCAGUAAGGAAGACAAGGAAUUUAUCCUAAAGAUCAUGAAGAUGGACUGGCGUGACCGGCCGACCGCCAAGGAACUGCUGCAGGACGAGUGGUUUGCUGGAGAAUGAAAGCCGUUCCCCUCGGCAUCGCUGUACACUAGAUAGAGGCGGGGAGGGCAAGAGAUAGAAACCACACUCAAAC